UGAUCUGUCAGUGUCAUUUGUCACUCAAGUCAUGUCCUAAAAGACCGCAGCUUCGUAUUUAUUUUGUUUCGUUUCGUGGUAUUACGAAACGAAAUUUUAACAUAAUGUGAUAAUUUUAUCAACAAAUAUGCUAACUACAUUUUCUGUAAAUAACGCUAUUCACCUGCGUUACUCAAAUGUAUAUUCUAUAUUUUGUAGAACUGUAACAUCGACGUCACAAAAGCAUAUGGAGCAAUGCUACCGGUUGUUGAACGUGCCAGUGCAUUCAAAACAGGAUGUUGUCCGGGAAGCAUUCCUAGAACUGGCAAAGAAAUACCACCCAGAUUCAGGCUCCCCAGACGCUGACAUGGAUAAAUUUGUGGCCAUAGAGAAUGCAUUCAGGACUCUGACCAAACACAAUACUGGGAAUGUUGAGGAGGCUGAAAAAGUUGUUUAUGACAUAAAUCACACUGCCCCCCAACACCGCCAGUACCUAAGUUUCGAAGGAGUUGGCCACGGGACUCCAUUCCAACGUCAGAAACAAUGGACCCAAGCCAAAGCACAAAGAGCGGCUAACAAUGUCAUGGAGCAUAGGGUCUCAAAGGCAGUUGCCACAGAAAACACACUAAUUAAAAAAGAUACCUAUAGAAAAAAACAUGAUAUCAAAACCAAAUAUGGGUUUGACAGAUUAGUGGAGGAUUUGAUUCAAGAGUCUAUGUCUAAAGGGGAGUUUGAGAAUUUGAGUGGCAAGGGGAAGCCCCUAAAAUCGCAAAACAGGAAUCCUUAUGUGGACUUUACAACACAUAAAUUGAAUGAAGUGCUUAUAAACAAUGGUUUCACACCAGAAUGGAUAACAAUGGCAAAAGAGAUCGAUGAGGACAUUGAACACUUAAGAAAAGAAGUGGUAAAAGAUAGAAUAGAAUUAGGACCAUAUCCCCUUACCUCCAACGAACUAGAGAAAUGGGAGCGCCUCUGUGACCUCCAUCGAGAUUUAGCAAAAUCGAUAAACAACAAAAUUAAUACCUACAAUUUGAUAGUGCCACUGAUCAAUAAGCAAAAGUUUCAUGUUGACAUAGAGGGCAUACUAAACAAUGUAUUGCAGAACGGUGCAAAUUGUCUGGAUGAGUCGACAAGCCGCGAAAAAAAUGUGGUAAAAAAGAUAGAUCCACAAUUUGUGGCUGCUGGUGACACUGAAGACAUAUUCGGACUGUUUUUCAAGGCCGUCAUAGAGUUACUUACGUUCAAAAAAGAAAAACAAUAAAGUAUCAGACACUUUUGUAUUUGACACUUUGUUUUUCUGUUGUAAAUAAACAUAGUGCAAUACAAACAAUGGACACUAAUAUUAUAAAUGUGUGUGAACAUAAAGGCGAUUUUAAUACGAUUGUAAAUUAAUUUGAAACAGAUAAAGUCAAUGGCACGAGGUCAAACAUGGCUACCCGCGGGCAGAGCUCAUGAACAAAACAAUAAAAAAAGCCUUCUUUGUGUAAUAACAAUUAAUUACAAUAAAAAAUGAAUACUUAUAGAUACUGAACUAGAAAAUACAUCUUAAAAUGGCAGGAUAUGUGUUUAGCAAAGCGUUUUAGACACUCGACAUUGUUUUUUGUGAAAAAAAAAGAAGUAAAAUUGUAGAAAAAUUUAUAAUUUCUUUAAAUUUCAUUUUUUCAAUAAAUUAUUUACUUCAUGUCAUGUUAAUGUAAAUUAUUGAAAAUGACUUCAAAGCUAAGUCAAAAUUAAUGAAAACAAUCUGUGAUAUGAAUUAAAAAUAUUCUGUAGGUUAUUUAUACAACAAUAAAAGAAGUUUAAAGUAAAAAAA